GAAAAAACUCUAAUUGACCAGAAAACCUCCAAUUGCCACAAACUUUCUUGAUCCAACUGCUGACACAACUAAAACUAAUUAUUUUGUACUUAAAUGAAUCAAAUCUAGCCAUAUCAUACAAAAAGCUAAUAAAAUAGGUUGUUUUUGUAAAUUUAAAUAGUUAACGAUGGGGAGUCUUUUAUAAAUAACAUAAAGUCAAUUGCUCUUAUUCUUAAUAAAACUACAUUCUAGGGACUUUCAGCUAAUUACUCAACUAAUUGCCCCACAAGCUGUUAAAAUAGAUGACGACUCUCAGUCUGCCACUUACUUCUCCGCAAAAACCCAAAGAAAGCUUCAGCAAUCAAAAUCAAUGGCGCUCUCAAAGCUUAAUCCCCUCUCCUUCUUCCCUCCCCUAACCCUACUCCCCACCCCAAAACCCCCAAUUUCACAACUAUUCCCUGUUACCCCUUUCAAAAAAACCCUAAUAACACUCCAUCUCAAAACCGAACCCAUGAUCCCACUUCUACUGCCAAAACAAUCACUCAGAACCAUUACAAAACAAGAAGAAUUCGAUGAAGUAGAAGAAACCCCGCACCAUGAAAUUUCCGAUUCUCCGUAUUCUAUGGGUUUCCCUUCACUCGCUUUCUCGAACACACUUUUCUUCAAGGCGGCGUACAACGUUCAGGUGAUAGUGGGGGAAGACGAGUCCGAGGAGGCACUGGUCGGCCGGUUCCGCAGGGAGAUAUCUAGGUACGGCAUUCUCCGGGAGUGUAGGCGGCGGCUGUUUUUCGAGUGCAACCAGAAGAAGCGGAUACGAAAAGCUAAAGAGGCCGCACGCCGUUACCGGAAAAGGCGCCCAUACAAAAGAGUUCCGAAACCGGUCGAAGCGGAAACUUCAAAGAUGAAUACGGAAGAUUCUGCCGAUGACAACUGGGAAUAUCUUGACAUAGAUUUACCCUAUUGUUGACUUGCUAAUACGUAAUUUCGUAGAGGAAACUCGAAAUUGAACAUUGUAGAAAAAACCAAAAGCAACUAUUAAAAGUGACUUUUGGCUCACGAACCCCACUGACCAUCAUCAACACAACAGCUCGUCUUUUUUUUUUUUUUUUUUGCGUUAGGAUUAAAAUUUGUGGCAAUGCCGAUUUAACUCUUUUGUU